CAUACGACUAGGAUCAUCAUCUUCUUCAUCUUCUUAUUCUUUCAAUAUUUGCGGAACAGGGGAACUGGAUCACCUAGCAUUUACUUGUGCUACAAAGUUCAGUUGUUACAGCAUUUCUGCCCUCCUAGUUGGGUACGUCGUCAUCCACUUUUCUCCACAGUGAAUGUACAGAGAUUCCACUCGUCAGAGCUCCUCUAACAGUCUAAAAAGAAAGCUUUCCCAAGGUUAUCUUUCGAGCACUCUUAGGGCUCGCUAUACACAUACUAGGGCUGUAAUUUUCCAAGGUAUCACCGAUAUAGAAUCGAAAAAUAGGAUCAACAUCCAUCUCUUAGACGGGAUCUGGGUUGACUUUUCCAAACAACAUAAGGACCACCUGUUUGGCCAUUCUGAUCGUCUUCGAGAUGUCGCUCACUCUCUUCGGUAGCUGCAAAAAGAUGAGAAGCAGCCGCAUGCUGGGGCUUGCUUAUGGGGUUAUUUCUUCAUCCUGUCUUAUGAAAGAUCACGUUGUGGUUGGUGUGCAGUUGCGUUUGAUGUCCGCUGGAGGCACUACACCUUCCGACCUCCAGGUGGAUGAAACUAGUGCAAUCACGAGCAAGUGCGACAUUUCAUUUGGGAUCAGCGGCAGUCACAGACUUUCUCUAGAGAUUAGAGGUCCACGACCGUUGAGAUUUAUCGUAGGUCAAGCUCAACCUGGUUUCCAGCGUGAUACUGAAGAUGAUGAUGAUGAUGAUGACCAGCGCGAUGUUGCAGCGUCGAGUCAGCUUACGGAAAGUAGCACGGUCGGAGACUUGGUGGCUUUGGCGCUUGAAAAAUUCCGGAACACAGGAACAGAACACACAAGAUCAGAACAAGGCGCAGCUGCAACGUACGACUACUUUCACAACGACGUGCUCGGUUUCCAUGCACGGUUGAACGUGCGCGCGGUGAUGGUGGGCACAAACGUUUUCUCCCAAGAGAACCUUGACAUGACGCUUGGCGAUGUUGUUGCGAAGACCGCAGGUGGAACGAUGAAACCACAGAGUACCCAGUGGUUGAUCGUACCUGAGCCCGAACAGCCUGAGGCCUACACCACGAAAUGGGAUUUUUGGAACCUUUACAGCAGAAGCCGGCUGUUGCAGUUUGUGACGAAAUAUCCGGAGUGGCUCUCAAAAUGUAGUACAUCCAGAUCCUCCAUGCGUUCCAAUGGCAUGGAGGCCCUCAAGCACGUUGACAAAGAGCUCGUUUUAUCCGUUAUCGAGGCAGUCGGCUACGGUCUCGCCUUUCGAAAUGUGCCUCAGGAAUUGAAAGACUCCGAAGAUUUUAUACAGGCAGCGGUCGCGCGCAAGGGGGCUGAGGCGCUCCUUUACGUUCCCUCAGAAAAGCGCCGCAGCUGCGACUUCAUCCGCAAGAUGGUCCAGGUAAAUGUUGAGGCGUUUCGGUACGCUAUGCCGAAUGUGCAAAGAGGAAGUACGCGCUGCUAUCCGCGCUGAAAUACAGGAGGAUCUACAACAUCAAAACUUCUAUCCCGAAACAUCUGCAAAAAUAGAAGCAUAAGUAACUAUUGACAACUGCUAGUUUGAAUCAAAAGUAAGAGACUUUCCAUUGGAAGAAAUCAUGAUUGACAUAAUGGAGAAAUGAUUCGAUUUUUUGGAGAUACCAAAUCAACUAUUUUUUCACUGAAUCACUCGAGAUAAGGAUAACUAAGUAGAAGAAGCUGAUAAGAUUGAAACUGAAGAACUGACACGAUGGAAUAAUCGUGUAUCCCCAUCAUAUAAUGUACUGGAUGAAAUAAUCGUAUAUGUAUAUCAUCUACAUCAUGUAGUUUGCUAAAGUUGGAAGCGGGUUCUAUAAUGUAGUACUGGAGGUCAACGCAGCACUGGAUGUAAGAAAAUGUAGUGGCAAAAAAAGCUUCUUUCGCGU